AUGUCAUAUUUUAAUUCAAAUAAUUCUCGUCGAGAUAAUGGGAGAAAUCGUGAUUUUGAUCGAUUUCAUCAUUCAAGAAAUGACAAUCAUCCAUAUCAACGUUACCAAAAUAAAAAUUGUGGUCGCAAUUCAUUUCUCACUGAUGAGGAAACUAAUUUAGUUUAUCAAGGAAGAGAUGAACUUUUUGAUAAGAAGAAAAUUUUUUCAAUAGUUACUUCACUUAAAGAUAAAUCAAUAUUAUUAUCUGACAAUCUUUUUAAAACUGAUCGAUGGGAUAUUGAGGAAUUAAUUCAAUUAAAACAAAAACUUAAUGAUACACGAAAUCGUUUAAAUGAAAAAGAUAUUAAAGUAUGGAAACAACAUACAUCGAAAACAAAUAUGACAGGACGUGUUGUGUGGGCAUUGCGAGAUCAAAAUCGUAUUGAAAUGUGUACAAAUGCAUGGAUUAAAAUGGCUGAAAUAUUUUCUAAAUAUGAAAAUCUCAUUCCAAGAGAUUUGCCUGAGAAUCAAACAUUUAGAACCUUACAUGUAUGCGAAGCACCGGGUGCUUUUAUAUGUGCAACUAACUUCUACUACAAUCAAUGUUUCGAAAGAAAAGGUUCGCGUACAACUCAACGGUUAUGGGAAUGGACAGGUCUUUCACUUAAUCCGUAUUAUGAAGGCAAUGAUCAAGAAGCUAUGGUCGAUGAUGAUCGCUUUAUAAUUGAAACAUUAGAUAGAUGGUAUUUUGGUAUAGAUAAUAGUGGAAACAUUUUAGAUCAAAAUAAUAUUAAAGGUGUAUGGAAUAGAGUUCGGACUGAUCUAAAAUCAAUUGGUGUUCAUCUUAUAACAGGUGAUGGUUCUGUUGAUACAUCUGCUGAUCCAAAUGAACAAGAAUCAAUUGUAUCUGAACUUCAUUAUGCUGAAGCAAUAUGUGCUCUAGGAGCUUUAGCAAAAAAUGGUUCAUUGGUAUUAAAAAUGUUUAAUUUAUUUGAAUGCGAAACAAUAUGUCUUCUUUACAUAUUGGCUCUUCAUUUUAAAGAACUAAGUAUUUUUAAACCAGCAUCAUCACGUGCACCAAAUGGUGAAACAUAUGUUAUUGCAAUAGGAUUUCGUGGUAUUGAUUCAGAAGUACUUAAUUCAUUACUUUCAUUUGUUUCAACUGAAUUUCCUCAUGGUAAAGCUCUGUUAUCACGUACAUCAAUUCCUCAAUCAUUUCUUGAUGAUUUGAUUAAAAUUGCGGAUUAUUUUACUAUGAAACAAAUUCAAGCACUUGAACGUAAUCUUGAAUUAGAAAAAGUUUGGAAUCGAAAUAUUCAACAAGCUAUUUUUGAAUUAAAUCAAGAUGUUGUUAAAGAAUUUCGACGGCAAUGUUUUAUUGAUUAUAAUUAUCAACAAUUCGUACGUAUUGUAACUAAUGUUGAACUUGAUGGAUCAGCUAAAGUAUUAGGUAAUAGUGCUGCAAUUGUUAAAGGUGGAUUACGUCAGCGAACAGGUGGAACACUUGAUGAUCGACAAAAUAGAAAACGUAAUCGAGAAGAAUUUUUAUCUGGCAUUAAUAAUAAUGAUGAAGGAGAAGAACAAGUAAUAAAAAAGAUGAAUUUAGAACAUGGAAAGACAGUCAUUUUUGGACGAAAUACUUUACAGAAAUCGACAACAAAUGAAAUCAAUACUGAAUUGGAUAUAGAUUCAUCCAUAAGUCAACAACAAGAAUCAAAAGCUAUGAAAAUGAUGAAAAAAAUCGGUUAUGUAGAAGGACAAGGUUUAGGGAUUCACGGUCAAGGACGAGCCAUACCAAUAGAGACAAUUAAGCAUGAUACUCGUCUUGGUUUAGGUCAUCAUUAUCAAUUAUUGAUUAACUCAUCGUCAUUUUCAGGCAUACCUACAGUUAUAGAUGAACCAUUAUUUUCAAGCUUUGAUCAAUCUAUAUCAACUAGUUUAUUGUCUCCAAUAUUAAACCUUCAAACAAUAACAAUCGGUUCUAAUUUAUCGUCAAUUUUAUCAUCACUUUUUGUUAAAUUUGACGAUCUAGAAUCACUUUAUAAGAAACGUGAAGAAUAUAUUUCCAAGACUGAAAAUUAUCAUAUGAAAAAAACAAAAAUUUUUAUUAGUGAUCAACUUGAACUAUUAAACAAAGAAGAACAAUAUGGAAAUAUACAUGGAAUUUAUGUUAAUUUUCAAACUGCAUUUCAAUUGGCAUCACUUGAUAAAAUAUUUAAAUUGACAUCAAUGACUCGAAAUAGUUUAUCUCCUCUGUCAUUCAUUAUUGAUAAUAAAUCUUUGAUUGGUUUUGCUGAAUAUCUUGUUCGGCAACAAGAACAUAAUGUAGCUGGUCUCAUACUAUCUGAUUUACAUAAUUCAUUUCCAAUUUAUUCAUCUGUUAUUUAUAAAUCUCAAAUUGAUGUACAUCAUCCUAAAGUUCAUUUAUUUUUUUCUGAUUUAUCGAUUUUACCGAUGAAUAUUGAAAUCAAUAUGCGUUAUAUUGAACAAUAUAAUAAACGUCAAUUAAUUAUUUCAUGUCAACGUGCAUUAACCAUGUUGGAUGAAGGUGGUCAUUUUAUAUGUAAAAUUUUAGAUACAUUAACACGUUUUACAACUGGUUUUAUUUAUUUACUCUAUCAUUCAUUUACAUCAAUUACUAUUCUUCGUCCAUUUACUCUUGAUCCAGCAAAUUCUGAACGAUUUUUAGUUUGUCGUCAAUUAAAAUAUCCUAUUCGUCAAUCAAUUAUUCAACAUCUGGAUAAUUUAUUACAAUAUGAAAAAAUAGAAAAUAUUUUAGAAAUAGUACCUUUGAAAUGUUUAAUUGAAUCACAAUUUCAACAAUAUAUAGCUGAUACAAGUCAACGUUUAUUACAAAGAGAAAUACAAGCAUUAAAUAAACGUUUAUGGUAUAUUGAUCAUAGCAAUGAUGAACAGAUUGAUCCUAUGAUAAAAGAAGAACAUUGGAAAGAAGCACAUGAAUGUGUCACGGUUCAACAUCGACUUAAACCAGCAACAAUUGUUGAACCUGAUUCGGGCAUAAUACUACCUAUUGGAUGGAUAAAACAAUGGAGUAAAAGAGAAGAACGAUUUUAUUAUUUUAAUACGAAUACAGGUGAUUCUCGCUGGGAACCACCGAUAUAA